UACAUGGGUUAGAUUUAUUUUUCAGUAAAAAUGAUAUGUAUAACAACUACACCAUACAAAUACAAGACUUGUGAAAUUAAAACAACUCUUACAACUCACGACACGACUACACAUCCACAUACAAAACCCUAACUUCUUUUCCCCUCCUCAUUUCAGUGCACACCAUCAGACUUACCUCCCCUGCUCCCCCUUCUUCUUCGAUUUCAAAACCACAACCACACACCCACCUUCACACCUGAAUCCCUCAUUUCACCGGCGACUAGCAGGUGUCGGCGCAACUCAGGCCACCGGCACCCCUCCUCCGACGCGGCACUACCCCACCCCCACUCGUUUCAUCGGUCAAAAAGACACCACCACCCGACGGUGGUGGUGAGCGGCGGCAACGGGAUCAAAGAGACGAGAGAGAGAAUGGAGGCCGGCGACGGACCGGCGAAGGUUACCGGCGUCGCUGCCGGUGAUGUUGAUGAAGAUGAUGUUGACAACGACGUGAUUCUCCGUGAUGGUGGUCGACAGCGGCGUACAGCCGUCGGAAUUAAUGGCGGUGGUAGUGUGGUGGUUAACUUGGGUCAGGUUCGGGUCAACGGUUCAAGUUCGGGAUACGGUUCAGAUUUAAAGAUCAGUUCGAUGUUCGAGUCAACUCAGGCAAUACGGGUCAACUCAGUGGUACGGGUUAACUUAGUUCGAGUCUCGGUUGACUCGGUCAACUCCGGGUCAACUCAGACAAAUUUUGGUCAAGGGCAGUCAACUGGCUUCGUUUCGGGUCAGCGCUAGUCAACUCGGUCAAAAAAAAAAGACGGUCAAACUCGGUCAACUGGGGUCAAACUCAGUCAACUCGAGACGCGGUAAAGUUUUACGACGCGAAAGUUAGAUUAGAUUGAUAUAGAUUUCAAUAUUUUAUUUAGUAUACGUGAACCGAGCUCGACCCGACUAACUAACGGUUUUACGUUUAGCAAUUUUGUUUCAUAUUUGAUGUUUUGAUAAAGUUGACGUAAAAAUUAUAUAUAAUGUUUGCAGAAUGGUUGAUUGAA